AUGGCAUUCCCCUUCCCAACUACUGCAUUAAUCACCCUCUUCCUCUUCCUCCUCCUCCUCCCCAUCUCGUUCGGCGAAGGACUCCCAAAGUCCGACGUCGAUCUACUGGAGUUCCCCCUCAAUCUCGAGUACUUGGAAGCCGACUUCUUCGCAUGGGGCGCCCUCGGCCGCGGCAUCGACCACUUCGAGCCUAACCUCACCAAAGGCGGCCCCAAGCCCCUCGGCGUAAAGAAGGCUAAACUCAGCCCUCUCAUCAAAGACAUCAUCGCUCAGUUCGCUUUCCAAGAAUUCGGACACCUCAGGGCGAUCCAGGAGACCGUCCCCGGAUUCCCGAGGCCACUUCUAAACCUAAGCGCAGCAUCAUUCGCAACAGUGAUCAACACUGCAGUCGGGAAAACUCUACAGCCCCCAUUUGAUCCCUAUGCCUCUGACAUCAACUAUCUUCUUGCAUCAUAUCUCAUCCCCUACGUUGGACUCACCGGCUAUGUCGGAGCAAAUCCCAAACUCAAAAGCUCCACUUCCAAAAAGCUGGUGGCGGGGCUACUAGGAGUGGAGUCGGGCCAAGAUGCCGUCAUCAGAGCACUGCUGUACGAACGUGCAAAAUCCAAAGUCCACCCCUACCGUUUCACAGUAGCAGAGCUUACCGACAAGAUUUCAAACCUCCGAGACAAGCUUGGGAAGAACGGUACCAAAGAUGAAGGCCUAAUUGUCAGACCUGCAGAAGGAGCCGAAGGCAGAAUUGCUGGCAACGUGCUGGCAGGCGACAAAAACUCUUUAGCUUAUGACCGGACACCUGAAGAAAUACUAAGAAUCGUUUACGCAAGUGGAAAGGAGACGCACCCGGGUGGAUUCUAUCCCAAAGGGGCUUCUGGCAACAUAGCCAAAUCAUACUUGAUCUAGUUUCCAAGUUUAGGUCCUUAUUUUACAACCACCUGUAUCGAUAAUGUCUAAAACUAAUAGCAAUAAAUACUUGAUCUAGUUUCCAAGUU